GACGUUUGAUUUUGAUUAGAAGUUGGUGUAACUGGAAUCAGUAAAUCAGUAAUCGAUUCGUGUUUGUACUUUUGGUUCGAGUCGCGAUAUAAAAAGUGAAAAAACAAACAUUAAAAAUAAGAAUUAUUUAAAAAGAACGAUUGAAAUAAGAUUCAAGUUGUCGCGAUAGAGCUCAGAUAAAGGAUUAUCAUGGGCAGCCUGCCGGACAUCACUGAGCUGAGAACACGGCUGGAGAACACUCUGAUAUCUUACCAUCAUCUGGAAGGGAAGGAGUGGAAAGUGGCAAAGAAAUCGAAAGACGUCACCGUUUGGAAGAAACCUUCAGCAGAGUUCAGCGGCUUCCUGUAUAAAGUGGAAGGUUUGGUGAUGGAGAAGCCAUGCAGGAUAGUGGACUACAUUCGGCCGGGACCGUAUCGGUUACAGUGGGACAGUCUGAUGACCACGAUGGACAUCGUACAAACUCUAGACAAGGCGUGUUGUGUGAUGCGCUACACAACUGCAGGACAGCUGUGGAACAUCAUCGCUCCUCGGGAGUUUGUGGAUUUCUCCUACACCACCGAGUAUCAGAGCGGCCUUCUGUCCUGCGGUGUGAGUGUGGAGUGUGAGCAGCAGGAGCAGAGCUGUGUGAGAGGUUAUAAUCACCCGUGCGGUUGGUUCUGUGUUCCUGUGGAUGGCGGUGAAGUCGAUGGCGCCCCCUGCAGUCUGCUCAAUGGAUACAUCCAGACUGACCUGAGGGGCAAAAUCCCGCAGUCUGCAGUGGACAUCGCCAUGGCAACCUCACUCAUCAACUUCUACACUGACCUCAGGAAAGCACUUGCAACCUAGACCUCUCUCUCUCCAUCUGUCUCUCUCCCUCUCUCUCUCUCUCACCACCUGUCUGUCUCUCUCCAGCUGUCUCUCUCUCUCUCUCCAUCUGUCUGUCUGUCUCUCUCCAUCUCUCUCCAGCUGUCUCUCUCACCAUCUGUCUGUCUCUCUCUCUCUAACUGUCUCUCUCUCUAGCUCUCUCUUUCUCUCUCUAUUUGUCUGUCUGUCUCUCUCUCCAGCUGUCUCUCUCACCAUCUGUCUGUCUCUCUCCAGCUGUCUCUCUCUCUUUCUCUCCAUCUGUCUCUCUUUCUCUCUCUCUCCAUCUGUCUGUCUCUCUCUCUCUCUCUCUUCAUCUGUCUCUCUUUCUCUCUCCAUCUGUCUGUCUCUCUCUCUCACCAUCUGUCUCUCUCUCACCAUCUGUCUCUCGAGCUGUCUCUCUCUCUCUCUCUCUCUCUCUCUCUUUCUUUCUCUCUAAUGUGCCUUCCAUGUACAUGAAUCACUCCAAAUCAAAAGUACGGCAUUAUAUUUUUGUAAAAAAUAAAACAGACAGAUAGAUAGAUAGAUAGAUAGAUAGAUAGAUAGAUAGAUAGAUAGAUAGAUACGGCAAAUUUGCACUUGUGUCAUUAAGUUCAGAUUGUUCUCACAUCUAAUGUUGUGACGAUAUCCUAAAUUCCGUACUGUGCUCGAUCAGAGUGAUAUAUCGUCUCAGCCCUGCAGACCGUGUAACACUUCGUCUGUCAGUUGAACGGCAUGUGAGAAUUUUUCACCCUUAUUUGUACCAUUAUCACAAACUUGUACCCAUUUCUGAUCAUAUCACCGUCAUACCGAUAUAUCGUCACAAGACAAGGACACAGAACAGUAAUCCAUUCAUGUCCAUGAGAAUAAAGUACAUGUUUCAGGUUAUUUAUAUGUACAAUAAAAAAAAAAGUAUGAAAUAAUAUGUGUGAAUGAAAAACAGCACGUGACCUGAAAAUAUGAAAUAUUUUACUGUGAGAGGGUGUAAUAAAUACUUUAUAAAUGAUAUAU